CGUUGAAUCGCACGUUAAAUUAAGUCGAAAGAGUGAAGCAUCGGUUGAAAGCGACAGGGUAUUGAAAUUCUUUAUGGACGAAUUGCGUGUAAUCCGUGCCAGCGUCCAGGCUUCGAUGAAAAAUACAUCAUACAAUGUUACGAUUCACCUUGAACCAGAGGACAAUGGCGUGAUACAAUCACGUGUCAGUGUCAAAUGAGGGAAUUCAAAUGUCAUCAUGUGGCUGCUGCUUUACUGUUUGGGUAAUGCAUAAAAUUACAUAUAUUUGUAUUGUUUAUGUUUUAAACAUGCUGUAAAUAUACUCAGAGAAAAUAAUUAUCUGUUUACUAUUCAUGAUACUUUUUUCAGCUAACAAUUACAUUUGUAAGUUUUUCAUAAUAAACACAAGAGAGCGAGCAAAACUGACAUUAAGUGUUCCUGGAUCAAGCGUCCGAAAUCCGCACCACCCAAGAAAACUGUGACGAUGGCUGAAAUGUAUCCACCAAAUCAGCCUGGAUACAGCUCUGCAUUGGAUUAUGGCAGAGGAGCCACAGACACCGGAUGUACCAGUGCCUCUCCUGGAUGACUUGAUGAUCCAUCCUGAAUAUCUGGGAGCUGAGGACCCCCGCACAUGGCUGAGACGACAGUUGCUGGUGUCGCACGAAAAGGUCAACCAAACAGCUGCAGUAACUAUUGGACAGAGGGAAAAUGCCUUAUGGGCAGCUGUUCGCAAGUUGAGAUUUACCGCCUCUAACUUCGGACAUAUCUUGUCAGCGUUUGACAAAAAAAAACUGACAGUGUCCUUGAAAAAAAGACUUCUGAGCGCGUAUAACCUGGAAAAAAGGGCACCUGUGCAGUGGGGGGUAACACAUGAGCAGGUGUGCAUAGCUGAAUACUGUAAGGUUGGAGGAGUCGCUGUACGCCCGACAGGAAUUUGGCUGCAUGAGUCUGGUGUCUUGGGUGCAUCACCAGAUGGUUUUGUCGAAGGCGUGUUUAGGGGUUUAGUUCAUCAACAACAUGGACAAGCAACAUGUAGUGCAGACAUCAUAGAAGUAAAGUGCCCCUACACUGCCAGAGACCUGACUAUCCAGGAGGCGUGUUCAUCUAUCAAGGAUUUCUACCUAGAUCAAUCUUCUGAUGGACGGCUUUCCCUCAAGCAAGCCCACAACUACUGGCAUCAGAUUCAAGGACAGCUACACAUAACGGGAACUAAUACAUGCGAUCUUGUUGUGUGGACAAAUAAAGACUUGCAAGUGAUCAGAAUAGCAAAGGAUCAUUUGUGGUCGGUCAAUCUGUCAAAAAUGAUUGAUUUUUAUUUUUCGAGCUUUUUACCAUCACUAUACGAAUAAAGGUUACAUUAAAUCUGAGAUGUUAUUACUCCAGGACUCCAGGGGUCAGUGGUUCGACCCCAGUUGAGGACUACACCUUUUGUUUUUAUUCAUCUUUUUGUAACUGGAGCUUUUUAGAUCCAAAGUUUACAUUUAUCAAUGUUAAAGCAUUGAAUGGCAAACUUCAACACGUGCCAAAAUCUGUGAAAAGGCCCCUUUGAAGAAAUAUGUUAAUACAUGUACUACCAAUUAGUUGGUUAUUUAUAUAUUGUUUAUAUAAAGAUAACUGAACCAUUUUGUGACAGUACAGAUAUUCUUUAAUUCUACAUUUUCAGCAGAAUGUUGUUUUUAUGUCCCCCAACACUAUAUUGGGGGACAUAUUGUUUUUGCCCUGUCUGUUGGUUGGUUGGUUUGUUUGUGCAAACUUUAACAUUUGCCAUAACUUUUUCAAUAUUGAAGAUAUCAACUUCAUAUUUGACAUGCAUGUGUAUCUCAUGGAGCUGCACAUUUUGAGUGGUGAAAGGUCAAGGUCAAACUUCAGGGUCAAAUAAAUGGGGACAUAGUGUUUCACAAACACAUCGCUCGUUUUCAUUUGUUCAAGUCGUAAGUAAUGCAUGCUUUGCAACAGCAGCUUUAUCAUGGUCAACUGAGUUGCCAUAAUCAAUAAAAUGUAAUUGUUUUUA